AACUUUUGAAUGCUUUUGAAAUAAAAGUGUGUUUAACCAAACUUUUUUUUACGUGCGCUUCAACUAAAAAACUCAUUGCCUAUUUUUUUACUUAUAAUUAUUUAUUAUUAUUUUUUUUUCACAUCGAGUGCUAAUUAACACCGAUACUAAUAAAAAUGUCAUCUCAAAUUUAUUACUCGGAUAAAUAUUAUGACGACGAGUACGAGUACAGACAUGUCGUGUUACCUAAAGAGCUAGAAAAAAAAGUACCGAAAACUCAUUUAAUGUCUGAAACUGAAUGGAGAGAACUAGGAGUCCAACAAAGUAAAGGAUGGGUGCAUUAUAUGACACAUGAUCCUGAGCCUCAUAUCUUAUUAUUCAAAAGGAAAAUAACAUCGCCACCACCAGAAAAAUAAUAGCCGUUUUUUUUAAGUUCAUAAAAAAGUAAAAAAAAAAAAAACUUCAAACAUUUAUUUGAUUAUU